AUGGUAAUCGAUGAUGUUGAUAAUGACAAUAGAUAUGAUAUCAUUACUUUGGACAGUUCAUCUCAAAAAAUAGAUAUUUUAUAUGACGAUGGCAAUCGUACGUUUACUAUACAUACAAUUUCUUUGCCUACAAUUCUUUGGCUGAGACCAGUGUCAACAGCAGAUGUUAACAACGAUAAUAAACGUGACAUUGUUAUCUUAGACUCAGAAUUCAAAAAAAUCUUGAUUUAUCUCAAUAAUGGUAACUGUAAAUUUACUGAACAUAUGAAUUAUUCCAUCGGAACUGAUCCUCUCUUCUUGACAACAGAAGAUCUUAAUGCUGAUGGAUAUUCUGAUAUUAUUAUUGGAUAUCGUAGUGCAGAAGGAGUAAAUGUUCAGCUCAAUGACGGCAAUGGUAUGUUCCCUGGAGAAGCAGUCUUUUAUCGUACUGUAUGUCCAUCGCAUUUUGUGACAAUAGCUGAUCUUAAUGGUGAUCAUACUCUCGAUAUCAUUGCUUUAUGUCCAUCUGUUCACAAAAUUGUUAUUCUUUUCAACAAUUGGUAG